CAUUAUAGUCUCAAGGGUUUACGGACAUUGAUACAACACAGAUAUGAUAGACGCCUUAAUUCGUGACGGUGGGAUCAGAACGCGCCUUUGUUUCUGGAUGCCGUUGUGUCGAUUCUUAUUCCAUGUCAGAUACAAUCGACGGAGAUAUCAGAUUUUGUACAAUACGGGUCAAGAGUUAUCAAAUGUGGUCUUUAAAUCGGAACGAAUCUUAAACAUGCUUUGAUAUAUUGCGGGGCAAUACACAAUAUUUCCUCCGACUGGACUUUUUUUUACGGUGUAAAAUAUUUUCAAGUGUUCUCUCAUUUGUUACGGAACAUUUAUACUUGUGCCCGGAUAAUGCCAUUAUUUACGUUCUACCUGAGCGGACCUCUUCACAAGAUUGAGAAGAGAGAUUGAGAGAAUAAUUAUUUAUUCAGUCUGUUUUUAAAAACCUCAAUCGAUUAGUUAUUAUGAAAAAAAGUAUUCAACUCAUUUAAUUCAUUUUCGCCAACCGUGUGGUAAAACGGAAGAAAACAGAGAUUUGUCGGAGUUAAGGUUGACAUUCAUACAAGGGCCAUAGACUUUGACAUGAAAUCUUUUGUUGCAAAUCCCCGGUUGGUAUCGUGCGGUUAAUCGACAUUUAGUAGGACUGUUGCCUCUCGGUGUGCUUUCUCGACUAGCAUACCGAUAUAUAUAUAUAUAUAUACAUACUGAUAGAAUUGGAUAAUGAUCUAUAUUAACAAUAAAACGGCGCGCAAACAGAGCGCUAGCAUGAAUGAACUUCCAUAAAUUGAAGGCGAAGCUGGAUUCCUUAUUUCUGUAGUGCUAUACUGAUGAUACGGACCUUGGCGAGUGGAGAGAGCGGAUCCUGGAACACAGAGCUAUUACACCGCUCACAGAGGCAACAGCCAGCAAUGACAAGGCUCUCAGGAAUCGGGGUUUUCUGGGCUUUACUGUCCCUCCUGGCUGCUGUGGGGGCCAGUUUUGGGUUUUACAUGCCAUAUUGGUUGAAAGGACAACUUAAUGGUGUACCCGUGUAUUUUGGCGUUUUCAGACGCUGCAACUACCCACGGAGGACCAUUAAUGAUGAAUUUGAAAUGGUAGAGCAGUGUGGACGAUAUUCGAGUUUCAGUGACAUUCCAAGCCUGUGGUGGCAAGUGGCAACCAUAGCCGUGGGGACCGGAUGUGGACUGGCGGUCCUUAUAGCCCUAAUUGCUAUUUUGGCUAUUUGUAUCAGAGGCAUUAUAUCCCCUUUCAUUGCAAGGAUUGCAGGAAUUUUACAGAUGUGUUCAGGUUUACUGAUUGGAGGAGGUCUGGCUAUUUACCCUCAUGGCUGGACCAGCGCCGAGGUACAACAGGCUUGUGGACAAACGUCCAGUUCUUAUAAGUUUGGUACCUGUACGUUCUAUUGGGCAUUUUAUUUAACGGCCGCAGGAGCUGCCCUCACUCUAUUGACUGCCACAUUCUCCUGCUGCGCCAGCACACCUAAAAGGGAUCGACCAUAUGAUGACGUUUAAAGAGUAGCAAGUCACAUUCAGUGUUUCCGGAACACGGAUCUCAAGAAACACCGUCAGGAAUUUACCAUCGUUGUUGGCAUCGAGGCCAGGUGGAAAUUUAUUCGAGUUCUGUCAAAAUCUAUUCUUAUUAUCUUAUAUGUAUACAAUUAUUACAAUGGAGCAUUAUACGUUAUGUAAUAAUGUGUUUAAAUGUCAUUUCCACGUACAUGUAUGAUAUGAUAAAUCGCGGAAUACCCUUUCAAUAAAGUUGACGCUCGUGUAAGUUACAAGCAUGUUUACCACCACAGUCAAAUAUACUGUGCAUGUAUGUAUGUGUACAUUGACUUCGACAUCUAAAGUACACACUAAGUAUUUGCAAUAGAGAGAGAGAGGGAGAGAGAGAGAUGACAGCCCAGAAGAUUGGGAAUGACAUUUGAAUGUGCAUACCUGUACAGAGUUAUUGUAUCUUUGAGGUGGUUCUUUUCGACUUUUUUUUCAUUCCAUAGCAUUCUUAGUAAAAUGUUUUAUUUCUGGAAUGAUUAAAAUAUGAAAGGAAAAUGAAAAUUAGUUCAUAAUGUGCAUAUAUCAUUUGAAUAUUUGUUGUAUAAAAAUGUUUAUCAAUUUAUUAACAUAUACAUUUGUA